AUGAAAUCUCGAGGAAAUCGGCUCGGAUUUGGCCCGAGGCAUGAUGCGAAGCGUGAGCAGCUGCGGGGGAUAGCCAAGGAGACGUUGGAAGCUAUUGAUUGCGGACACUACGUCCUGAAUGGCACGAUGCACGACCUUAGUGCGGGAUUAACGCUAUCCCAGAGAAACACCCAGUAUUAUGCGCCGGACUCGCUCUUGUCUGCCUGGUUUUCCACCCCUGCGCCAGGCAAUCCCGCUAGUACUGAGGUUGCACUCCUCGAGGUUUCCACGCUGGAGGGCGGUCGGCUCUUAGCCACCAUGCUGCAGGCUAAUCAGGCGUCCAAAAUCGGCGCCCUCAACUUCGCCUCGGCAGUGAAGCCUGGGGGCGGCUUCAAGAGUGGUGCUCAGGCACAAGAAGAAUCUAUUGCACGAUCGUCGACGCUCUACGCGACCCUCAUGACCCCGCUAGCACAGACGUUUUACAGCGUCCACAACAGCGAUACCAAGCACGGGUACUACUCUCACGCGAUGGUUUACUCCCCCGGCGUUGUGGUGUUCCGCGCCGACAGCGGCGAAUGGGUUGAACCGAUGGAAAUCGACGUGCUCACUAGUGCAGCCGUCAAUGCGGGUCAAGUCCGCCAGACGUUGACGGGCCACCGUGACGCAUCGGGUGUGGAGGAAAGGAUUGGCGCGGUGAUGAAGGAGCGUAUGGCGCGGAUCUUGUUCCUGUUUGAGAAACAGGGUGUACGGAAUGUGGUCCUGGGCAGCUUUGGGACGGGGGUGUUUAGAAACAACAUCAACCUCGUGGCGAACAUAUGGGCUGAUCUACUACUCGAGGAGGGAGCGCGAUUCAAGACAUCCUUCGCACAUGUUAUGUUCGCUAUCCUAGGUCGUCCGACGUUUGAAGAAUUUGAACGGGUUUUUGAGGAGAGGAAACCUCGUGUGGCAAACCUGUAG